AAUGAAGACACGGAUAGGAGUAAUUGUAAUGAUUAACAUUGCAAUGGUAAAUGUAUCUUGCACAGAGCAGACUUUCACUUCAUGUCUUCUACUUGGAGCCCCUUCGAGGUGACUCUGUGAAAAUGAAAUUUGACAACAUACUGUCAGACAUCAAUGGCUUUGGAAAAUUCCAAAUCAGGUUAGUCCUGAUUCAGGUCCUAUCUCGGAUCACAUUGCCUUGUCACUUCCUGCUGAAUAACUUCAUGGCAGGGGUUCCAUCACACCACUGCAACAUCAGCGCUCUGGAUAAUGAAAGCAUCUUCUUAAAUUUGACUUUGGAAGACAAGUUGGUAGUUAGUAUUCCGGUAGAGGAGGAUGGGACGCCGAGUUCCUGUCUGAUGUUUUCUAAGCCCCGAUAUCCACACAUGCUGAACAGCAGUAGCGACUCAUUGCUUGUUCAAUGUCAGAAUGGAUGGGUGUAUGACAACAGUGACUAUAAAUCAACAUUGGCAACAGAGUGGGAUCUUGUAUGCCGCCGGAAAAGCAUGAAUAAGGCAACAGCUACCAUCUUCUUCAUUGGCGUUAUGUUUGGAGCCCCUUUGUUUGGAUUUCUGAGUGACAGGUUUGGCAGGCGGUGGAUGCUCUUGCUGUCCUAUCUCUCAUCAAUGUUAUUUGCAGUGCUAAGUGCAUUCUCCUAUUCCUAUAUAUUGUUUGUGAUUAUGCGCUUUUUUACUGGGAUGUCUCUUGCUGGAAUAAGUAUCAUCUCUAUUGUUUUAAAUAUAGAGUGGUUUGGCGUGGAACAAAGGACCCUCUUUGGUAUAAUCUUCAGCCUUGAUUGGACAGUCGGAUCCUGGAUUCUCGUUGGAAUUGCAUACUUGGUGAAUGAGUGGAGGCCCCUCAUUUUGGCUGUGACAUCGCCACUGUUAUUGUCCCUGGUUGCUUGGAGGUGGCUUCCAGAGUCGGCCCGGUGGCUGAUGGCUAACGGGAAAGUUGAUGCUGCUCAUUAUUACAUUAAUCAAUGUGCAGAAAUUAAUAACAGAGCCACAUACAUGGCCAACAUCACUCCAACGACAUUACUGGAAUCUGUAGAGGAUAAAAAAGAUGACAGAACAUAUACGUCUAUUGAUCUUUUCAGAACAUCAAACAUAAGGAAAAUUGCCAUAUGUUCAGGGAUUGUUUGGUUUGGGGUUGCUUUUACUUAUUAUGGGAUAAGUCUGAAUAUCACCGGGUUUGGAUUAAACCCAUACCUCACACAGUUUGUAUUUGCAUCCAUCGAAAUGCCAAUGAAGAUUGGCCUGUAUUUCUUCCUGGAAAAAAAUGGAAGACGGCUGACCCAGUCGGCCACCUUGCUGUUGACCGGGCUUUUUCUUUUUAUCAACAUGUUCAUUGCAAAAGAGAAGUGGGUGAUCCGUACAGUUUUUGGAGUCCUAGGAAAAGCCAUGUCCGAAGUAUCAUUCACGGUCAUAUUCUUCUUCACAAUUGAGCUCUAUCCGACAGUCAUACGACAGAAUGGUUUAGGCUACACUUCCUUUGUGGCACGGCUGGCUGUGUCCAUAUCUCCACUGAUCAUGCUUCUGGAGGAUGUGUGGCAUCUCCUACCGUCCAUGACCUACUGCACAAUAGCAGUGAUUUCUGGUUUAGUGGCUUUACUCCUGCCAGAAACCCAAAAUACCAGAUUGCCCGAGUUAAUUGAGGAUGUUGAGAAAAAAAGGUAAACUGGACAAUGUUACCACUUAUUUUACAAUGCACAAUACUGACUAGGCUCUCCUCAAGAAGCCUCAGGACACUUUCACACUGACACCACCAGGUACAGUGGAACCUCAGUUAAUAUACGCCUCUGUGUGUUUUUUAGUUAAUGUUGAAAAUGUAUGCCAAAAUGUUUCCUCGGUUUGCAUGCUUUUUCUGGUUAGUGUGCAAAAUGAAGCGUGUCUUGUUGUGUUGCGUGAGUCCAACUGUGUUCUUAACCCGACGGCCCACUGGUCAGAAGUCAGACAGACCACUACACUGACACAGCUGGGGUCAGACGGCUCACUAGUUUGACGACACACUCACCCGACAAGCCACCAAUAUGAAUUCCAUCAUGAAUUUGAUCAACAACAAUUUAAGCAAAGGGGUCCGUUAAUGCGCAAAAGGUUUUGGAAUGGUUGCUAGUAUUAUUUCAUGUUUUGUUCAUAAUAUCGUGCGUGCCCCCCGUAUUUGUAUAUACUAGGUUAAAAAAGUAGGAAGGUAAAAAAACUAUACAAAGCAACAACGUAUAACUUCAUUAUUCCAAAGGAAAAAAAAUGCAACAAAACAGAUCAGUGUGCAGC